AUGUCGUGCAGACAACAUUAUACAAUUUACAAACGAGCUAGUCUCGACAAGAAAACGUGUUCCUUUUCUAAGCCUUCUUUUAAACAAAAACAUCAGGUUGUGACUACAAACAGGAAACUGGUUUGAGAUGAUACUCAGCCGUCAGUUCCGUACACAGCACUGUUUGAAGACUACAGUGUAUGUCACAGCGCGGGCUUUGUUUGCCAGUUGUUUAUUCAAAUAAUCCUGUCCCUAGCGACAAAGGGGGCAGGCGACACUGACAAACGAUGAUCGGGCAUCCAGCCAGUACACACGAGGUGUAGUUUCGGAGCGGACGUGCGGAGAAUUUCACUCGUGUCCCCGCCAAUGGUUCGACAUCGACCUGCGUGUUUUAAGACCUGUUCGCGCUUUCAAAUGGAGACCAGUCAACGAUAUGGGCACUUCAACCUCUCGUAACUUACCGAGGAGGGCUGUCCUGAACCUACCCCGCACCGAGAGGUCAUUCAUACGCCCCUCCAGCCACAACUUUCCGGACGUACUUGUUGUUACUCGUUGCAGACGACAUGUGGAUACAACCUAACUCUGUGAAGACCUUUAUACCAGCAAAUUCUAACAGAGAAAUCGUCCCACAGACAGUUUUAUUGGCCACGGCCGUGAUUUUUGCCCCCGGAAAUCCACCUGCAGACGACAACAAGUGGCCGGGCUGAAAUGACUUCGACACAGCGACUUUCGAGGCUCGAGCAGACGGAGAGACUGUUCAAAGAGAACUCGCUGAAGGCCAUGAGAACCAUGCGACCCGUCGGCGUAGCGAAACAGGGGAAAUCGGCGAUGGAUCGAGACCAGCAGCACAUAUCACUCCCGCCCAUCUCCAAAACGCUCCCGUCCAGGUCGCCACCGCGCCGCUCGCCGGGGCAGGAGGCAGGCAGUCCCGGGAGGAAGCCCGCUGACCACGGCGGUGUCGGGCUCAGGAAGGACGGGGCACACGCCGAUCAUGACGAGAUUGCUGGAGAGAACCUUAGAAAGAACCAAGGGCGGAAAGGCAAGAAAAAGACGGAAUCCCUGGUCACCAGUCAUUUGAGGAAAAGACUAACUAUACGCCACAACAGGCGUCUGUUGGAGAUGUUCGGAGAUCUCUUGGAUAGCGAAGGAGAAGGAGAAAAUGUCGGUGACAGCGUUUCCGAGGAGAGGCUAUCCUUCAUCAUUCGUCAGGGAGAGACCACAGCUGAAAAUCCGCCCCCUUUCAACAAGUACACAGACACUGGCGAGCAGGUGGACGUCGUGAGGCCCUCUAGUGCAAUCCGCCUAUCUCCCAUCAGCCCCCCUACAACGCCGCCUAUCACCAGUAAAGCGGACCUGCAUCUCCCUUCCUCUGAUGGACUAGAAAACGACAUCUUGGUGGAAAGCGUUUCAGGUAGCUCUGUUGGAAGCGCUGGAGAAGUUUCACAAGCAACUGUAGGAUCUGACACGCCAAACGGUGACUCUAGAAAAGACAGUGAGUCAGGCAGCAGGGACGGGUACAUUCAGCACAGUGUAGACAUAAGCUUACCCCACGAUGCUGACAGCAGACUGUCGCCGGAGCAAACUUUAAGCGCUCUGGCACAGGCAAAAUCGGUAGGAUUUCAGGACUCGGGUGUCGGCAGUUUAAGUAGCCCGGGGAAUUCUACUGUUGUGACUGACGCGGAUGCAGGGAGACCUGCCAUCGUGGUGCGGCUGGAUGAGCAGAAUCCGGUGCAGGAUGCCAUGGGUGCGGAAUCGUACGACGGCGAUGUAGAAGAGGAUGACGAAGAGGUUGACAGGGAACUGCAACAGAUAGACUAUAAAGGGGAUACUGCAAGGGUGAUGUCGUCUCUUUCCCUGGCGGAGGCGGAUGAUAGACUGUUACCGUCGGUCAGCCCUGUGCCCACUCCGUGGCCAUUAGACAAAGACGACGAUGGGUUGAGGCUUGCACAACUGGAGCUGCCAGAGCGCAUGGAUCAGGUGCUACACGGGAACAUGCACGUUCAGUGCAGGGUGCAACCCAAGACUAUCAAGGUGUACAUCAGCGCAUCGUCAGAAGAUACAGUGCACGAAAGAGACGCAUUGGCAACAAAGGCGUAUCCACAACUUAAGCAAUACUACAAAGACAGAGGGUACGAGCUUCAAGUCGUCGAUCUCAGGUGGGGUUUUGAAGACAUGCUUGCCGACGACCACUCCGAAGUCGACCUCUGUCUCAAGGAAAUAGAGAGCUGUCAAGAUAUGAUGACCAAGCCUUAUUUCGUGACAUUUUUCUCACAGAAGUACGGACCGUGUAUCGUCCCUGCUGCGAUCCCACAGGAGGAAUAUGAGGCUCUCCAUGCGGCCAUUCUCAGUGAGCGGGACAAAAUCUUGUCAAUGGGGAGAUUUUCCCGCAGAAGCCUUGGAGAAAAUAUCUAUGAGGACGAACUUCAGAAACUCGAUGGUAUAUCGGAGGAAUCGUUAGAAGACACACAGGUUGCCACUGACUUGAACAAGAGGUCAACUCUGGAUGCCACGAGUAUCGAUAAUUCGACAAAGAAAUCAGACAAUGGCGCAAAGUUGAGGCGAAAGUCGCUCCAAACAGCAGCCAUCACCAGAAGAGAGUCUGCAGCAAGCUUAGUAGACAUCAGAGAACAGCAGGAUGGGGACAUAAUGGACACGGUUACAAGCACUGUUACUAACGAGGACUCGCCAAAGAAGUCAGACUCCAGCAAUGCGAAUGGCAAGAUUGUUACGAAGAUCAGAAGACCGUCGUUACCAAAUGGGGGCAUCUCGAGACGGAACUCCAAAGAAUCUCUUGCAAGCGUACCGGAUGUCAUAGAGGACCAGGAAGAAGCGUCAGAUACGGGUAAUAUGAGCAUGACUGAGAUGAAGACAACGCACGACUUUGACCUUGAUUUGGCACUGCUGACACAAUGGUACAAGAUGGACGAGAACAUGGAUCCACCGGUGUACAGACUACAACCUAUCAGCUCACAGUAUCGAGAAUUUAAUAAGACUACAGACAGGUCCAGGCGGCAGCAGGCUAUUGGUAACUGGAAGGCGGUUCACCAGCGGCUACAGAAGGUACUGCAGGACUAUGCACCACGGACGGGCUUCAGCGAGGAGACGAUGAAAAAGUAUUUUAUAUCAGUGGUUGACCUAGAAGUUCAACAAGGCCUGUUCCACAAUGCGCCACAAGAUGGCUGCGUUUGGUUCAAGCGGAGGAUUGUCGACAUGGAGUACCACAUCAGCGACGCCACCAUGCGGACUUUCACGGACAUGCAUCACGUGAGACAGGAGCUGGAUGACGCAGCCACACAACGUCGUCGGGAAUUAGAGGACAGAUUAGAGAGCCAGAUUCCACUGCCCAACAUCCACGAGUACACCUUAAGUUGGACUUACGGUGGGAUCAACCCCAACAAAAACCGUGGGCACGCCAUCUACGUAGACAAACUCUGCCAGGACUUCUCCAGAAUCCUGACGGCAAGCAUCGAUGCAAGUCUCGCACAACAUGGAACGAGAGAAGACGAGAAGACGGCGCUCUUUGAAGCUAUAGCACAACAUGUCAGCUUCUGCCAAGACAGAGCGGCGACGUUCUUUGGUCGAAAGACAACCCUCGGGCAGAUUAAGAGCUACCUCCGCUCCGGCAGCCGGCAUCCCCUCAUUGUGCACGGGGCAUCAGGGACCGGGAAGACUUCUCUGUUAGCCAAGGCGGCCAUGCAGACCACGGGCUGGGUGUCCUGCGACGACUCGGCUGUAAUCGUGAGACUGAUUGGUCUGACGUCACAGUCACGCAACAUCCGCAGUCUACUGCGCAGUCUCUGUCUGCAGCUGACGUACAUCUAUGGCGGCGACAUGACGCUGAUACCCCAGGACUACAUGAGCCUGGUCAACUUCUUUGUCGUCCAGCUGGAAUCUGCGAACGCCGACAAACCGCUGGUUGUGUUCCUGGACGCCCUUGAUCAGCUGACCGAUGAUUACAACGCCCGUCAGCUGUUUUGGCUGCCUAAGGAACUCCCUCCGUAUGUGCACAUCGUGGUAUCAACUGUGCCGCAGAGAAAAUACGACUGUUUCCCUGCACUCAAGGAAACAAUUCCCGAUGAUCAACAGUACGUUGAAGUUCCUGACCUCCCUGAGGCCGAUGCUGCCGCCAUAGUGGACCACUGGCUGAAGGCCGACAAGAGACGACUGACGUCCGAACAGCUGGCGAUACUCAUCGACAGCUUCCGACAAUGUCCGAACCCCCUGUUUCUCAAGAUGGCCUACAACGAAUCGACUCUGUGGAAUUCGUAUACUCCUAAAAGUGAUCUUAGACUUGCAACCUGUGUGGAGAAACUAGCCAAUCAGAUCUUCGUCAGGCACGAAAGGGGUCAUGGGGAGGCGGUGGUUCGAAGGACGCUGGGAUACAUCACCGCUGCCAAACAUGGCGUCACGUUCAACGAACUGGAGGACAUCCUGUCUCUGGACGAAGACGUUAUGAACAGUGUUACAGUCUACAACACCUUGUCGGUCAGACGGUUCCCGCCCUACCUACUUAGGCGGCUGUUGGCUGACCUGAGCGCCUGCCUGCUCGUCACGCACUCCCACGGUACUGAGAUCUACCGGUGGUUCCACCAGCUCUUUGCAAACGCGGCAACAGAAAGGUACCUUCUGGACAGGGACAGAGCGCCCUCCUACCACACCAUCAUGGCGGAGUACUUCCUCGGCAAGUGGUCAAACGGGACCAGAAAGCCGUGCUCUGGACAUCCCAAGGGUUUGGACAGGAUGGCGGCUGACAUGUCGCUUUCUCGUGAGGUGCCAUCCGUUCGUGGGACCAAGGUCGUCAACUUCAACAUCCGUAAGCUGAUGGAAAUGCCAUAUCAUCUACUUGAAUCCAACAAGAUGGCGCUCCUGGAAUCCGAAGUGCUGUGUAACUACGAGUGGCUGCUUGCAAAGAUCCGUGCUGUGGGACUGCGAGCGGUGUUGGAGGAUCAUCACGAUUCCCUGAAGGUCAAUUCAGAUGACGAGGAGUUGCGUCUGUUGAGUGAGACCUUGCAAUUAUCUAGCGAAGUCCUAAAAGCCGAUGCUCUGCAGCUGGCCACGCAGCUGAUCGGGAGGCUUCAUGACAUAAUCAUGAACGACAAACCACUGGCACCUGGGGACCCUAAGAAGUAUCCACAACUUGGUGUUCUGUUACAACAAGCGUCUCUCGGGUCCGUCCCCGCCUUUGUACCGUCCAUGACGUGCCUGACGCCUCCAGGAGGAGUGUUGUUCGACCUGCUGGAGGGGCACACCGACAAACUCACCGCCGUGGCCGGGACAACCGAUGGCUUCCGAGCGGUCACGGCGUCCAUGGACGAGUCGAUCAAGUUCUGGGACCUCAGGACCGGAAAGGUGGUGAAGACCAUCGACGGCGUCGGUAGCGACGUGAGGUCCCUCACGCUGUGUAUGAAUAACUCUUACGUCGUCACCACGGAGGUCAGCUGCAUACGCGUGUGGAGUCUGAACUCCGGACAGGUGGUUCUGAAGAUCGACCAGUACGUCGAUCCUGCCAUUAUCACCACGGCCGCAGAUGGCCAGCUCCUAGUGGCCUUCUUUGACGGGUCGAACGAGAUGCGAGUGUGGGAUCUGAAGAGUCACAAGAUGAUCAAGGAGGUCAGCAUUGGUGACGAUGAAGCCGGUAGUCUUCACAAGGACAGGUCCAUUCUUGUCUCAAAGAACUGCCACGGGGAUCAGGUUCUGUACGCGUACAGAAGCAGGGACGUCGCCUACGUGCAGAAUGCCAGGACCGGGAAGAUAAAGAGAAGGUUCGUAGCCCAGGGAGACGGGGCGUCCAUCCACGCCGUCGCCAUGGCGAGGGAGUACUGGAUCGUGGCGUGCAGGUACCAGUACAUGAAGCUGCACGAGAUCUACCAUUUAGAACUGUACGACGUGUUGAACGGCGCCUUCAUCAGGAGUAUCAAAGGGUGUGCGCACGAUAUUAUCACCGACCUCCACGUCAACCGCCUGGGCUCUCAUGCCAUCUCCCUCUGCGCGUCGGAAGGGAACAACACCACAGACAUCGCGGUGUGGAACCUGGAGACAGAGGACCACAAGCACCUCGCCAAACAUGCCAACUUGUCCACGAUGGGAACGGGCGUGGAGCUACGGUACUGUCUCACGGCGUCUCCCAACGAGUGCGUGUUGCGGGUGUGGAACCUGAGUCAGCACAUCAAUGUGCAGCAAGCUGGGCAGCCGAGAAAGAAGAAAAAGGAGGGGAUCCUCGAGACGGUUCCGAUGAAAGACUUCCCGCGGUAUGUUGUCGCACGGUCCAUGAACAACGGACCAAUCACCGUCUGGAACGUGGCAAAGGGCAAGCGUACGGGAACCCUCGUGAGAAUCGAGCGUGGAUUGGUUGAAUCUACCGACUGCGUCAUCAUCCGUAACACAAAGAUCUACAUUCUUUCUGACAGAGGGAUUUCUCACUUGUCUGACGAGGGAAGGCCGGUGUUUCAGACCAUAUACAUCUACGACCUCCGGACGAAAAAAUUUGAGAAGAAAAUCACUGGAUUGUACAUCGUGCCUUCCCCGCAACAUGAAUACACGAUAAUCGGCAACAAUUUAUUGGGGCUGUCCGAAAACAGAAGUCACCUGAUCGCCUGGUCACUCGACACUGGAAUGGUCGUCUAUAGGCUGAGGGCAAAUUUCAAAAAACAAGAGACACCUACGGCCAACCAAACAAGACAAGGUGUACCUACAAUUGUGAGAGAAAGAGAACUGGAGAAAUCAAGGCAGCUGGAGAGAGAGAAGGAAAAAGACAAAGCUCGAAGGAGAACGAAGUACACGGAAGCCAGCAUGACUCCAUGGGAGAGGCGGAACGAGACGAAGACCGCGAAGGUCAGACGAUAUGAUCGAGACGCCAUGUUGGAACAACAGAGGUUGGAAGAGAUGAGGAAAGAGAAGGAAAAUGGCAUCGAACAGUACAUGGUCAGUGCAGACGAAAGGAUCAUAGUCUGCUCUUACUUUGCACACCACCUUGCGGUGUUUGACGUCGAAAACAGGACACAUGUACACACCCUCGAGAACGAACAUUCGAUGCUGUAUCUACACAACGCCGCCAUGACGGUCAACGGUAGCCAUCUUGCGCAUGCGAACUAUGAUGAGAUCAGCAAGUCGAGCUACAUCACCGUGUGGGAUUUGCAAACUGGAAAAGUUCGAAAAAGACUGAAAAACGAACCAAAUGUCUGCUGUGUUGGUAUCACGGACAACGCCGAAAGGGUGAUCUUUGGAACUGAAAUGAACGUUCUCAAAAUAUGGUGCCCUUUUAACAAGCAGAACAACAAGAAAAUCGUCGGCUACAAGGGCCUGUCCCUUGGCGUAGGGAGCAAGAUCGCUAUCGUGGAGAACGGGUCUCGCGUGGUUCUCUUCGCGCAGGACAUCUCGUUGUGGGACCUGGAGUCAGGCUCUGUGCUGUCCGUUUUCACACCGGACAUGCGCAUUCAGACCUGCAACGUCGCCAUGAACGGUAAGCUGAUUGUGUUCGGCAUGCGAGAUUCCUCGUCCCUUGUGACGCUGCAGCUCAAGUCCCGAGACAUUGGCCAAACGCCCCCUAUUGAGAUGGAGGGGAAUGACAUCUUCGGGGAAGCUCCCACAAGCUCCUCUGAUGAGGAAAGUGAAGAAGAGGACGACGAAUGAUUCAGCUUUUCAAGAAUUCCCUCUCAUUAAGAAAAAAUGCACAGAGCGACUCAAGUCUUUAGGUUGAAUGUUCUCAAUAAACGUGUUACUGUGCACGUGACUUCACAACAGUGUUUACGUCAAAAUACGUUUAACUAACGUUUCAGGUAGACACAAAGAAAGACCACUACAACAGUAAAGCCAGUCUGCCCAUGUAGUACAAGAUCUGUUGUGAUAUUGCAUUCCAUCAGAUAUGUUAUAUAUGUAUCUAUAUACCGAAUCAAGUGCAAUUGUACAAGUAGCUAUUUUCAUCACAAGUUGUCAUAGGGUAGGUCCAAAAAUGUAGUAUAAAUGUUGCAGAAGCUGCUAUUCAUCUUACGAAGAAAAUUAGAAAUUCAAGAUAAAGUAUUUGGAUAAGAAAUCUGAAGGUUUGUGUGCAUACAAGAUGAGAAGACAAACAGGAAACGUCUAUUUUUGUAACUACGUCUUCUGGAGGAAUUGUUAUUGAUUUUAAUAAAACGAAGUAUGACAGUGCAA